GUUACCAUUUCCUGGUGAAUCAUCAAUUCUGAGAAAAAGCAGAAUUUAGUAUACUACAGCUGGUUGCAUUUGUUUACAAUAAAAUUUUCCUUAAAAUUUAGAAAAUUUCACAAUUUUAUUAAUAUUUUAACGAAAAUAUGGACUUAAAUCAGUCUGAUUUACAGACACCCAAGCGACCGUGUAAAGUUAUUACACUAAAAGAGAAAUUGGCCAUAUUAAAACAAUUGGAAUCCGGUUCCUCCAGACGUGAGGUGGAGUUAAUGUUUAAUUGCUCACAAUCCACCAUAAGUCGAGUGUUAUUGUAUAAAGAUACUUUGAGACAGGAGGCUUUAGGUAAUGUUAUCAGUAAAAGGGAAAUGUCAAUAAAUUACAAAGAACUGGAUCAGUCAUUGACUAGGUGGGCCCGAGAAAUGCAAAUGGCAGAUAAACAGAUAACCGCCCACAUGGCUAAACAAAAAGCAGAGGAAUUAUUAAGAAGUAUGGGUCACGAUGUUAAACCCUCUACAGCCUGGCUGUAUAAGUGGAAAGCCAGGGAAAAUAUACAAUUUGCCAAGAAGUCAAAGGAACCGGAAGAUAUUUUAAAAGAAUUCUUAGAUAAACAAGAAAAAUGGCAAGAGACAGAAGAACAAAAAACACUAAAUGACAGUCUCAAUGAAAGUAACAUGGAAGAAAGGCAAGAAAAAACUCAAAAUGAAUGUUUAGAGGAUUCUAAUGGUAAGCCACGUACUAAAAGAGAGUACACCAAAAGAUUACCAAUUAUAGAUGCCUCCGGUGUGAUAUACAGAAGUAGAAAAGAAAAAACUUUUUUGACUUUGCUACAAAAACUGGAAAUCUUACAGCGUUUAAAGAAUGGUGAAAAACGCAAUGAUUUACUGGUGGAAUACAAGCUCAGUCAAUCGGCCAUGUCACAAAUAGUAGUAGAUGAGGAGAAGAUACUUAAACUGGCGGCAGGUGGACAAAAUCUACAAAUGAAACGUAUACGUGGUGGCAUAUUUAAAGGUGGCGAGGCCGAACUUAAUGCCUGGGUAAGAGAAAAAAUGGAAAAUGGUGAAAGUUUAACACGUACACAAAUCAAAAAUCGUGCUAAAGAAAUAGCAGAACGUUUAAAUAUUGAUUUUAAGGCUUCAACAGGAUGGCUAGAGAAAUGGAAGGCCAGAAUGAAUUUAGAUUUUAAUGAGAAUCAAGUCUUACAGCGUAAAAUACCCAAUUAUGUACAUCACGAGGGCGAAUUUGAAAAUGUACUGGAACAAUAUGAACAACCAGAUGUAGUAUAUGAUGAAUAUAAUGUAGAACCACAGAUAAAAGAAGAAUUCCAAGAUAAUGAUUAUGAAGAAGAAAUGGAUACUCAAGAUGAGUUUUAUUGUGAUGAAAUGAAUGAAACAGAGGUUAAAACUGAACUGCUGACACCACAAGAGUUUUAUUUACAAACCAUAAGAAGGGAUAGUCAAAGUACACCUCAACAACAGCAGCAUAAAGAUCUUUCUAGCCAGCAACAAGAUACGGAAGAAGAACAACCAGAUAUUAAACCUUUUAUAGGUACACCACCUCAUUUAGCUGCCGGCAAUGUUGAUAACAUACAGUCAAAUGGUCCUAACUUACAUGAACAGGUUUUACAAUGGUUAAAUCGUUAUCAUAUAGCUCCUGGAGCGGCAUCAGAAUUAUUAGAUAUUCUGCAGCCUCAUCUCAAUAAUGACACAAAUACACAUCCCACCUCCUCCUCAUCUACGUCUUUUUCUCAGCGCGGUCAGAAAUCUGUUUAUUUUUAAAGUUUAGUAUUAAGUACUUUAUAUUAAAGUAUGUUUUCAUUAAGCAC